UGGUUAAGAGGUAAUGGAGUCAUUAACCGAACCAGUGAGAAAAAGUCUUUUAGACGUGAUACAGUAUAAUCUGCGCGCUGCCGGCUAUAAAACUUAUGUUACGCGAGUCGUUUACUUCGGAGAAUAUCGGGGAACUCAUGAAGUUUUGCGAAAGAGAAUGGAAAAUAUUAUACAGGAUUUACGCUUGGAUUACAACAUGCUUAUUACAGGAUUGUUUCUUGUUUACCCGACAUGCUACAUUCACGUGUUGGAGUCGAUCGACACCCAAGACGUGCUACAGAACUUGGGAGACAAAGCGGCCCGGUAUCUCCCCGAAAGCACGACCCUCGAGUUUCUCUUGAACGUGAACUCGCCUGUGCUUAAAACCGUCGAGGAAUAUUUGCGAAUGUAUUGCGACGCGUCGCCGAGCGCGUUCUGGGAUGGUAAGAAUUAUACGUAUACCCAAUAAGCAAAAUAUUAGCUGUAGCAGAUUAUUGCGCUGGAUAGUAUAGAACUUAAAGUCAUGUUCUGUCAGUUGAUAGAAGAUUGUCAGCAAAAAAACCAAGCAGAAUUUAUUACUUUAUAAUCGUUUAAAUGAAACAUAUUACUAAAAUGAUUAUAAAGUAGUAAAUUUUACUCGAUUUCUCUAAUUAAUCUGCUACUUUAUUAUAUUUCUGUUCAUAGAUUAAUAAUAAUUUAGUAUAUUAUAAUUUUAUAUCAAUAAAUUAAUAUUAUAAUUAAUAAAUUUUAUUAACAGUUUUAUUAACAGACUUUGCCAUAUUUGUUUUCGACAUAUUUGGUCCAAAUAUGAGUUUAUACUGAAGUUUAAAAAGAAAUAAAUUGAUUAUAACGUAGAAUCAAAUUGCAGCAUUAUUGAUCCGUGAGAAGAUUGCUGCGUUAAGGGACAUAAUAAUCGCGUAUCGCGAGUGAAUAAAAACGAUUAUUUAUUUCAGAAUAUUUACAAUAUCAAAAAAACGUUCUGGUAUGGGGUACAUGAGACUUGUGUGUGUGUGUGUGUGUGUUCUGUGUUUGUAUGUGUCAGAGAUAGUCCUAAACAAAGUACAUAUACAAACUCUUCAAUGUCUCGCGCAAGCGGCGGCUGGUCAGAUCCGGUUUCACUGUUACGAUAUACAGGCCGUCACGCAUACGAAACAAUACAGCGACGCACUCUUAUCCUUAAAAAAAAAAAAAACUAAUAAAAAUCGAUACAUCUCCUCAACGUGUCUUGCUUUAGAUUAAUUUUGAGUUACAUUAAAACUGGAGUACGAUGUCGAAAUAUCAUAUUUUUGCUGAAAAUCAAUUGCUCUAUUCAACAUGCGAUCGAGGAAUAUCUUUUAGUCUUUCAAUGGCGGUUAGCGAAAAUAUAUCGUUUAAUUUUGUUUUGCAGAUAAUAAUGUCUGGCCACCGCCUUGCGAUAUCAUGCCUCGCGACGCAUGCGAUGGUCAUCGAGAGGUUUCGAACCACCCGAACGGCGAAAAGUAGAUGUGCCCUGGAAAGCAAUUGUCGCCAGCAAAGUGCGGAAAAAAAGAAUGAAUUAUCUUUCUUUUUUUUCUCUUGAUUUUUCACUGAAUUUAGUUAAACGUCUAGCAAAAAUGGAAUUAAUAAAUAUAUUUUAUUUUCUCGGA